GGGCAGGUGUCUUUUAUAUCGUUAACGACUUCAAACAGGCCCCAUUAAUACAGAAUCCAAGAUGGUGAAAAUACCAGCAGUUGGUAUUGACCUAGGCACGACCUACUCGUGCGUGGCUGUGUUCCAGCGUGGCAAAGUCGAGAUCAUCGCCAACGAUCAGGGCAACCGCACAACUCCUUCGUACGUCGCCUUCACCGACACUGAGCGUCUGAUAGGUGAUGCUGCCAAGAACCAAGUCGCCCUCAAUCCUGUUAACACGAUUUUUGACGCAAAACGACUAAUUGGGAGAAAGUUUGAUGACCCAACAGUUGCUGGUGACAUGAAACACUGGCCCUUCAAAGUAAUCAAUCACAGCGACAAGCCAAAAUUGCAGGUCGAAUUCAAAAGGGAGAUGAAAACAUUUUCUCCCGAAGAAAUUUCUUCUAUGGUGUUAACUAAGAUGAAAGAAAUCGCAGAAGCCUACCUGGGAGGUGAUGUAAAAGAUGCUGUCAUUUCCGUGCCUGCUUACUUCAACGACUCUCAACGCCAAGCAACUAAGGAUGCUGGCGCCAUUGCUGGCCUCAACGUCCUCAGGAUUAUCAACGAGCCAGCAGCUGCAGCCAUUGCCUACGGCCUCGACAAAAAGGGAACCGGAGCUGGUGAGCGCAACAUCCUCAUCUUCGAUUUGGGCGGUGGAACCGUCGGCGUUUCCAUUCUGUCCAUCGACGACGGCAUUUUUGAAGUAAAAGCCACUGCUGGAGAUAAUCACCUUGGAGGAGAAGAUUUUGACAAUCGUAUUGUCAAUCACUUUGUUCAAGAAUUCAAGAGGAAAUACAAGAGAGAUAUCGAAGAUAAUAAGCGAGCUUUGCAACGACUGAGAACUGCGUGUGAGCGAGCCAAGAGGACUCUCUCCUCAUCUGCACAAGCCAGCAUCGAGCUUGAUUCGCUUUACGAAGGCAUCAACUUCUACACUUCAAUUACCCGCGCUCGGUUUGAAGAAUUGUGCGCUGACCUCUUCAGAGGAACCCUGGAUCUCGUGGAGAAGUCGCUUCGAGACGCCAAAAUGGAACAAGGACAUAUCCACGAGAUAGUAUUGGUUGGAAGUUCAACUCGUAUCCCUAAAAUUCAAAAGCUGUUGCAGGACUUCUUCUAUGGCAAGGAGUUGAACAAAUCAAUAAACCCUGACGAAGCUGUUGCCUAUGGUGCUGCAGUUCUGGCUGCCAUUCUAUCUGGUGACAAAUCUGAAGCCGUUAAAGAUGUACUCCUCCUCGAUGUCGCCCCUCUAUCAAUGGGCAUUGAGACCGCUGGUGGUGUUAUGACUGCCCUCAUCAAGCGGAACACUAUCAUCCCCAGUAUACGCUCCCAGAUCUUUACUACCUAUUCGGACAAUCAGCCCGGUGUGCUCAUCCAGGUUUACGAAGGAGAGCGCGCUAUGACAAAGGAUAACAACCUCCUCGGCAUGUUCGAGCUCAUAGACAUCCCUCCCGCCCCUCGGGGCGUGCCUCAGAUUGAGGUCUCCUUCGACAUCAACGUCAAUGGCAUCUUGAACGUGUCUGCCGUCGACAUGUCCACCGGCAAGAAGAUCAAGAUAACCAUCGCCAACGACAAAAGUCGCCUUAGCAAGGAGGAGAUCGAGAAGAUGGUACAAGAUGCCGAAAAAUACAAGGAAGAGGAUGAGAAGCAAAAGGAGAAGAUUGCUGCCAAGAACAGUCUUGAGUCAUACUGCUUCAACAUGAAAUCUACCCUCGAAGAUGAUAAACUCAAAGACAAGGUGCCAGAAGAGGAGCUCAAAAAGGCUUUAGGUGCUUGCAGUAAAGCCAUCACGUGGCUGGAUGCUAAUCAGCACGCAGAGAAGAAAGAGUUUGAGAAUACACAGAAACAGGUUGAGAAUAUUUGUUCUUAUGUAAUUAGCAAGCUCUACAGAGGUGCAAGUGCAAUGCCCGGUGGUAUGCCAGGAGCAGCAUUUGGUGCCGGUGGUCCAUUGAAAGAAAGGGUUGAUUAAUAAGUGACUUUUAUGUCAUUCGUUGCACCUUUACUGUUAGUAGAACCUUUUUAUUACAACACUUCUC